AUGUCGCACACACUCUUCACCAAAGCGCCUUCGCUACGCAAUGUAGCCCAGCGCUCAAUCCCGCGUCAGUUCCGCGCUUCAUACCAUAAACAAUCAUCUCCCAAGAUGGCGUCGGGUGCAGCACCCAUCCGCACACUACUCCGCCAGACAACGCUCCGCGCAAGCGCAAUAGCAGCGCAACGCACAUCCUAUCCCGCAACCCAGCAGUUCUCAUACCAGACCUAUACGCAACAACGCUCACGAUCACCCUCACCUCCCCCGCCAUACCAAGCACGCAACACAUCCAUCUUAGCCGCACCAAACCAAUGGACGCGCUUCACUACGCCCUACAAUACUCUUUCCUCCGUGCGCACAUUCACCUCUACAUCAUGCGGUAAAUUUGCGUCCGCCAACUCCUCAGCUCCUUCCUCGCUAUCACCAGAAACACAACAAGCGGUCGAUGAAGUGAUAGAGGAGAUACAGGAACUGUACGGCACAGCCAAAGACGAGUUCGAAAUUGCAUCUGAAGAGAGCGAGAAGAAUACUACGUAUGCUCCUGAUGAUCGAGCUGCGGCAAGAGAAGAGUUGGAUAAGCUGCUCGAGUAUUACAAGGGUGUUGUCGAUGGGGAGGAUAGGGCGGUCGCGGAUGAGGUAAAGAGGAGGGUCGGACAGAGGAUCCGAGAGUUGGAGAAUGCAGUGUUGGCCAUGGAGGAGGCUGCUACACAUGGCGAUUAA